AUGAAGAAGCGCCAUUGCAUUGAAAGAUCAGCUAGUGAGAAGAACAAACCACAACAUCAUUCCUACAUGUCUGUUCAGUUGCUAAACCCCAAAGCCGAAUCCUUACGGAGGGAUGCUGCGCUCAAAGUCAAUGUCACCUCAGCUGAAGGCUUACAAUCCGUGUUGGAAACGAACCUGGGGCCUAAAGGUACUCUAAAGAUGCUGGUCGAUGGCGCGGGGAACAUCAAGCUCACCAAGGACGGUAAGGUUCUGCUGACUGAAAUGCAGAUCCAAUCGCCCACGGCAGUAAUGAUUGCGCGCGCCGCGUCUGCACAGGAUGAGAUCACUGGCGAUGGGACUACCACGGUAGUGUGCUUGGUAGGGGAGCUGAUGCGCCAAGCGUAUAGAUUUAUUCAGGAGGGUGUACACCCCCGUACGAUCACUGACGGAUUUGAAAUUGCCAGAAAGGAAACUAUCGAAUUUCUCGAGCAGUUCAAGGUUACGAAGGACGGUGAGGAUGGGCUAGAUCGCGAGUUUUUGCUGCAAGUGGCCCGGUCUUCCCUUUCCACCAAGGUGAACGCCGAACUGGCAGAGGUGUUGACGCCAAUUGUUACCGAUGCAGUGCUUGCUGUGUCCGACAUCAACACAAACGCCCUAGAUCUGUACAUGGUAGAGAUCAUGCAGAUGCAGCACCUAACUCCAAAAGACACUGUGUUUGUACGGGGCCUGGUGCUUGACCACGGUGGCAGACACCCAGAUAUGCCUAACAGAGUUGAAAACGCACACGUGCUUAUCCUAAACGUUUCUCUAGAGUACGAGAAGACCGAAGUGAACUCGAGUUUCUUUUAUAGCUCUGCCGAACAGAGAGACAAGCUUGCAGCUAGUGAACGGAGAUUUGUCGAUGAGAAACUCAAAAAGAUCAUUGAGUUGAAAAACGAAGUUUGCGGGCUCAACUCCGAUAAGGGAUUCGUGAUCAUCAACCAGAAGGGGAUUGACCCUAUGUCGCUCGACGUGCUAGCGAAGCAUGGGAUCCUUGCCUUGAGAAGAGCAAAGAGACGUAACAUGGAGAGACUGCAGCUUGUGACUGGCGGUGAGGCCCAGAACUCGGUUGAUGAUCUUUCACCAUCCGUCCUUGGUUACUCGGGUCUAGUGUACCAGGAAACCAUCGGUGAGGAGAAGUUCACCUAUGUCACGGAAAACAAAGACCCCAAGUCCUGCACGAUUCUAAUUAAGGGCUCCUCCCACCACGCUCUAGCGCAAACGAAGGAUGCCGUGAGAGAUGGCUUGCGUGCCGUUGCAAAUGUCAUCAAGGACAAGGCCGUUGUCCCGGGCGCCGGCUCUUUCUACAUAGCAGCCGCGGACCACUUGAAGAAGGCAAACCAUGCCCAGCUCGGUGCCAAAGGUAAGACUAAGACUGGUCUGCAAGCCUUUGCCGAGGCUCUGCUUGUUAUUCCUAAGACUCUGGUCAAGAACUCCGGUUACGAUGCAUUGGACGUCUUAGCACUAUGUCAGGAUGAACUUGAGGAGGACAGCACGAGAAGUGUGGGUGUCGACUUAUCGUCUGGGGAUUCUUGCGAUCCAACUAUCGAGGGUAUUUGGGAUUCGUACCGCGUUAUAAGGAAUGCGGUUACCGGCGCCACUGGCAUUGCAAGCAAUUUGUUGCUUUGUGAUGAGUUGCUAAGAGCUGGCAGGUCCACCCUGAAGGAAGGCCCAGCGCAUUGA